GAAUUCUUUUUGGUCGAUAUUACAAUGGAGGCAGCGUUGAACGCAGUGAGUGAAAAGUGUGGAACUGAGUUUAGAAACUUUCAACACUGUGUGGCAGAAAAUAGAGAGAAUUGGGAGGAAGUUUGUAGGCCCCAGAAAGCAGAAUUUGCCAAGUGUACUUCUGAAAAUAUGCAGUUCAUGGACUUGGUGCGAGAGGGCUGUUUUUUGGAAAUUCGACAAUAUGAAAGAUGUAUCAAGGAAAACAGACAGGAACCAACUCUUUGUGAAGAAAAGCGCAAAAGAGUGUUGGAAUGUGGGGACAACGUGAUUAGGAACAAUCAAGAAGACUCUGAAAACAGUCCUUAAUAUUGCUAUUAUCCAACAUAGUUUUAUUUACGCAGAAAUUGAAAAUAAAAAGGAAAACUAGAAA